AGACCUCCCGCGCGUCCUAGAGCGGCCGCGCGGGAGCCGGUCCGCGGCGCACUUCCGCCCGCGUGCGGCGCCGCCCGGCGGAUUGUGGGCCCUCGGCACGGGCCUGCGCGUCGCUGGGCUCCGGCCCCGGUCUCGGGGACAGGGACAGCAGUUACAGACCUGAGUCUUUGUUACCUGUGGAAUAACUAGUAAAUAAUGGUAGGCGUGGAUGGUAAAAUACUCAGCCACCUCCCUGCUGACGUGUUUUCACACUGCUUCCAGAGUGCAGCCCCCUUCAAAGCGCCACGGAUUGCACCAGCAGGAAUGUUUAUCAGAAGUGGAGGAACUGGGACUCGAACAAUGCACUUCAUGGCCGGCGUUGCAGCUCAGGUGGAAGAUGUCUAUGGAUGUGACGUUUCUGGGGACAGGUGCAGCAUACCCAUCCCCAACCAGGGGUGCCUCUGCCGUGGUCCUCCGGUGUGAGGGCGAGUGCUGGCUCUUUGACUGUGGGGAGGGAACGCAGACACAGCUUAUGAAAAGCCAGCUUAAAGCAGGGAGGAUUACCAAGAUCUUCAUCACGCAUCUCCAUGGAGACCACAUCUUCGGCCUUCCGGGCCUUCUGUGCACAAUCAGCCUGCAGAGCAGCUGCACGGUCUCCAGGCAGCCCAUUGAGAUCUUUGGCCCUGUAGGGCUGCGGGACUUUAUCUGGCGGACCAUGGAGCUCUCCCACACGGAGCUGGUGUUCCCGUAUGUGGUUCAUGAGCUGGUGCCUACGGCGGAUCAGUGUCCCACAGAAGCACUGAAAGAGCUGGCGCAGGUGCACCCAGCAGACGGCCCUCCCAAGGAGGGCCAAGGAAGGACCAUCCUCUUGGACCCCGAGGAAGACUCGUACCUUCUGGUUGAUGACGAGCAGUUUGUUGUCAAAGCGUUUCGCCUCUUUCACAGGAUUCCUGCCUUUGGGUUUUCAGUUAUGGAAAAGAAGCGCCCAGGUGUUCCCCCAGGUCCUGCCUAUGGAAAGCUGAAAAAUGGAAUUUCUAUUGUUCUGGAAAAUGGAGUUACAAUUUCUCCCCAAGAGGUCCUCAAAAAACCUGUCAGCGGGAGAAAAAUCUGUAUAUUGGGUGACUGUUCGGGGGUGGUGGGUGAUGGGGGCGUGAAGCUGUGCUUUGAGGCCGACCUGUUGAUCCACGAGGCCACCCUGGACGAUGCCCAGAUGGACAAAGCAAAGGAGCACGGCCACAGCACACCUUGGAUGGCAGCAACGUUUGCCAAGCUGUGCCAUGCAAAGCGGCUGGUUCUGACUCACUUCAGUCAGAGGUACAAACCAGCUGCCUUGGCCAAAGAAGGAGAAGCAGAUAGCAUUGUAGAACUGAAAAGGCAAGCUGAAUCCGUGUCGGAUCGGCAAGAAGUGACUCUGGCAGAAGACUUCAUGGUGAUCAGCGUUCCAAUGAAGAAAUGAAAGCAGUGUCCCCGAACGCAUGUUGACGUGCGCGUGUGCGUUACGGAACCCACAGUCCAGUUUUUGUUUUUUGUCCAAAGCUCUUUGGGUCCUGAUAAUCCUGAAAAGGGUAGCAUGUUGCUGAACUGAUUGGGUCAUGACAGGGAGCAAGCUUUUUGAUAAUAAAUCAUUUUGAAAUAAAAAAA